UAUACAUGUAAAGAAAACGGCAACAGCCUUGCGUGCGAAAAAGAAAAAAAACAACGGAAUCAUGCAGCUCAAUGAUUGAAAGGAAAAUGUGUAGCAGUAGUGAUAAGUUAUCGCGUGAGAUUCUGAAAUGGAAUUUUUUCGCGCUGGUGAACAUUUGUCUCCAAAUCGUUGUUAGGAAAAUCGUAAUUUACUCGAACAAAAUAUCAGUGUCUGGGUUAUAUUUAGUUCCUAAUAGUUGUCGAAAUAAAUAAAUUUGAAUAAUCCUCUUCAGAGAGAAAUAAGUUUUCUUGAGCAGACGGGUUCUUCGUCACCUCGUGUGUUGAGAUCUACAAACUGACCAAGUGCCGAAGGAGGAAGAUGCGACCUUGCUCGCUCGCAGCACGAUCUGUCCAAGCGACGCAGGGCCGACGCUCGAAGAUGAAGCUUUAAUACGAGAUAACUCGAGGAACAGACAAGCAAAGAGGAAAGAUGUCGAGCGCGACGCAGUGCCGGCAUUUCGUGCAGAACGCUUGGAAGAAGGAGCUCUGCUCCAAUUGCUUCAAGUCGCGCGAGGAGCACGCGACACUAAAUCAAGAGCAUCAUCAAAGACAGAUCGUCGCGAAAACUACCAAUAGUGUUAAACGCGUCGCUCAUAAAGUCCAGGGUAUCCUCCGCUCGAAAGAAGCUAGAGCAAAACGCAAAAAUGUAGUCUUCCCCGACACACUGACCGAAAUAAUCGGCUACGACGGUGGUGACUUUUACGGCUCGGACGACGAGCAUCCGGACGAUCAACCGGACAGUUGUUCCGAAAUUGACGAUCUUCCGGAUAGCGAAGAGGAACGAGCACUGGGCAACUUGACCCGCGCUAACACCAAUUUCAAUACAGUCACGGCAAAUCUCACCGGAACAAUCGAAGAAGCCAAAGCUGCCUCGUCAAGAAGUUUCAACACGCUGAGGCUUGGCAGAGCACCCAAGGAUGGAGAUGGCAAGAAACCCGCGUUGUUGGUUACCGUUACGCCGUUUGGCGGCGAUGACAGUGUUCCCACUGCGAGAAGAUUAGUCGAGAAAAAGUCUUCCCCAAAUUCAACGAAACCUAAACCAGUCAGCGUGGACGAGUCGCCGAAACCCAUCGCAGAAUUUAUACCGAAGGCUACCGUGAGUAAGAAGCCUGUCGAAGAAACGAAAUCGAUCGAAUCGCCGAAAACUGUACCGGCACCAGCGGCGAUCGUAGACAUGCCACUGAUAACGUCGACGAAUUUACUCUCGGUAAUAUCACCAACGACGACCGAACAACAGAGACGAACGACGAGCAUCGCGCGAACUCCUGCUAUUAAGAAACCGGAAAACGAGAAGCCGAGAAUCGUUGCGCAGGAUCAAAAUGCUGCGAGGAAUCAGAAGAACCUCGAAAUGUCAAAUGGUGUCGAGCUCAAAUUGAAUCCUGUUAGGACCAAGCACGAUAAUGAUAAGGACAAUUCUAAAUUUGCCAAGGAGAUACCAAACUACACAACAGAUAAGCCUCGCCCAGCACUCACCGAUCUAACGGAGCGUAAAGUCGAAGGCGAGGCAGCGAGUGAAAAAUAUCGUCCAUACGAACAAAGUCGCGAAUCAGCCGGUGAACCAGAUGGCAAAGCAGACGAGGAGGUUUUAACCGAACCACCAGCUUUACCAUCAAGCCCACCACCAGCAAUGGAAUCAUCUGCUAAACGUACGUCGUUCUUACAUGGUAUGACGGAGAAACCGAAAGUGCCGCAGAAACCCGUAAGUCUGCCGACGAAGGUCGUUGGAUCGAGUUUGGCUUCGCUGCUCAGCGAAAACAGACUUUACGAGUACAGAUUGAGUCAAAUGCAAAGAAGUGCUGCGCUGUCGCACUCGCAAAGCGAAAGUCAAUUAUGUGCAAUCGAGAGUGGUGCAAAGGUGAGUGUGGAUUCGUGCAGUGAGUCGACGAGUGACAAAACUGAAGAGAAAGACGAGCAGGUAGAAGAGGAGAUAGAAGGCGAAGAAGAUGAAGACGAUAGUGAAUCGUCAACGGACGCUCCGCGUUCAUUUUCGAAGCGCCGAAUGGCGCCACAACCACCGAAUCCAUCCGAAGACACCUCGUUGAACCUUUUCACGCGUAACCCGGCGUCGAAACAAUCCGACUGUCCGGUUGUACGCGAGAAAGAGAAACGCGAACGUGCUUCAAGCUGUAGUCCAAAAUUCCGCAAAGGUGAAGUCACAGAAAGCACAGCAGCAAACAGACCGCCAGAGCCAGCGCCUAGGAGGAAUAUAUCCUUAUCACAGGAUAGUCUGGCUAUGGCGGCUAAUAGCGAAAGAGUAGUGGAAGAGAAGAAGAAGAAUCGAUCAAAAUUCUCAUUGAAAAAGUUCUUAAGGAUGGGAUCGAAAAAGGACGUUGACAUGACGUGCGGUUCGAAAAGUGAUGAGAUUCCGUCAACGCCGCAACCAAAGCCACGGCUGGAAAUCAUUCAUCCGCUGGAACUGGAUGGAGCUGCUGUACAAGUCGUGAGAAACGACAAGAAUGCUAAUGGCGGUGAAGAUACCACUGAGUUGAAGAGUGAUGCCCCUGGCAGUAGCAGUCCCAUCAUCCACAAUACUCCUCCUCAUGUCACGAUUCGACCGAGUAAACCGCCUCCACCACCUCGAUCACAAUCACUCGACGAAUCGUCGAGUCGAAUACAGCAGCAGCAACAGCAACAAAACAGUGGGAAGCCGUUAAACGGUAAAAGUUGGCAGCCGAACGGCAAUAGCGGCAACAACGAUUCGAUUUACGCUAACUUGGGGCCUGCAGCAGCGGAGGAUGUUGCAGGUGCUAUUAGGAGUGGCCUCGCGCCAGCUAAGCCAAGGCGUACGUCAAGUAUGAGGGACCAACAGCAGCUUGCAGUAGUCAGCGGGCAAACUCAGGAGCAGUCAUCAGCGCAGCUUUCGAGCAGAAGUGGGAUUCACAGUAAUCCAAUGCAGAGGAACGCGAUCGAUUGGCCGAAGAUCUUACCGCUGGAUUUUUCGCUAUCGAGUGACGACCGGACGUUCGAGGUAGAUGAUACAAAUGCAGAACUGCGACAAGGCGUGAAUCAUCCGAGCAAGUAUCCCCUCUCGAAGCGUCAGUCGGACAGCGGUACGCUUGACUCCAAUGCCUCCAGUGAAUUGAGAUUCCAACAGACUUUCUUCGCUAGAUCGACCUCACUUCCAUAUUGCGCCACCGAAAGCGAACUUGAAGCCUAUUCGCCUUUCAGCUAUCAUGGUGACAAGAAAGUCACCGAAGACGGAAAAAAAGACGAGGAUGCACGAAUUGGUAGGCUGAGACAACGCAGGGGUCGAAGUAUCGUUCAUCACAGUUUGGAAGAUAAUUAUGGGGCAGUUAUCGUUGCCAAUCACGAAGCGCUUGCUCAAUUUUUGGAACAGACAAAUCAGGCACCUGCAGUGCCACAAAGCCUACGCUUCUUGAAAACAAUCAACCUACAAUUGCGUUCCUUCAGUAUCGAUCGUAGCACGGCGGUAACGACAGGUAGGCGGCUAUUCUUUUCAGCUGUAUGGAACGAACAGAACAACGUGACACUGUGCCUGGCCUUCGACUCAUCCAUGCGAGUCGCACAAAAGGAAUUUUACCUUGCACCGAUCGUCGAAUUCAUUGAUACUGUACCCAAGGAUAUUCUAGAUUUAGGACAGAAUAUAGCGAAGAAAAGUGCAGAAGCGACAAUUUCUGUAUUACCUCGAUUGCAAAUCAAUACACUCAAAUCGUUUGCCGAAUCAGUCACUGUAGAGAAUAGCAACGACGAGAAUGCUACAAGAGAAUCAUCCUUUAUCUUACUGCAACUGGUCAAUGCUUUGAAAAGCUUGCAAGCGCAAGGCAUAGAAGACGCCCCAAAAGAUUUAAACAAUAUUGUACUGUGUCGUGAAGAUAAAGAUGCUUACCAUAGGCUCUACGUUUUUCAAAGAUUGAGCAUAGACAGUUGCGAAAAUGACAAUGUAGAAUAUACCUCGCUCUGUCAGUGCGCAUUUUACGCUCUGGAUCAGCUCAAUUUGUCAAAGAAGCUACCGCUAAUACGGGAGCUACUCAUGCGUGAAAAAGCCGUUACGUUAUCACAAGUCAAAUCCGUGCUAGAAUUCUCACUAUGGGGCCCGUCAGAUGCAACUCUGGGUGGACCACGCGAACGCGAAACAGCACUUCAGCGAUGGCUGGACUUAGAGCGAGCAACGGUACUGCACGCGCUGGUCCGCGCGCGAGCUCAGCUCUCCGUCACCGACGAAUACCAAUUACUCUUCCUCGUACGCACCAGUGCUAAAAUCAUGUGCGAAGCUUCGCUGCUACUCGACCGCCAACGUAAUGGAUUUCUCACGCGUGGUAGCUAAUCUCACUUUUGAACAAGUCUGAUAUGAAAUCAAAAAUACAAUUUGCGAUUUUAGGCGAUACGUUAAUACUCAUUUUGAACAAAAAUCUUAAUCAAAUUUAUUUUGCACUGUCUAAUAAUUCUUUUUUGUUUAAAGGCAUAUGCUUUAGUCGUUUCGAAAAUGCCAUAAACUUUAUUAGUCUUUUAUGAAAAUUAAAUCAAACUUAAAUAAAAGUCAGUUUGAAACUGACUGUUAACAAACUUUUCAAUACUCUAUGUUUAAGUUAUUGUUUUGUUAUAAAACGUUAUUUUUAUAAGAAUGAUUAAAAUUUAUUUUCUUAUAAAAAAGAACUAAAUGGUAAUGUUAUGUUUCAUACUUGCUAAUGUGAAAAUUGUUAUGAUGGAGGGUUAAGACUACUAUUGAAAAAUGUAUAUUUGUAGUGUUGAGGUCAAUAUUGUAUAAUUACAUGAACUAAAGAUUUAUUUAUAAUUAGAAAAUUUUCGUAAUAAAAUAAAAGCUAUC